CUGAAGCAUUUUUGAACAGAUCACUCAGAUCGUGUUGAGUCUUCAUUGAAGACUGGUCACAUUCUAGCUAUCUUACUUUAUCGGUGUUUGUUGGUUUUCAUCAAAUAUUUUUAUACCAAUAGUUUUAUAAAAUCAAAUAUACUGUCUUUUCAAUUUUUUUGGAUUUUCUGUAUUGAGAAUCUAAAUCAAAAAGCUGUUUUUAUAUUGUGGAAAAGAAUAAGUGAUCAACAUUUUUUUAUACUAAUGGAUCAAAAAGAAAAACCAUCAACAUUUUCUGAAUGGAGUGUAACAGAAAUGAGUCCACAGGAAAGAAUAUCAAAAAAUAGUUUAAAAAGACGUUCCGAGGAAGUAGAUUCUCCAGAAAAGGCAUUAUACGGAAUCUUUGCUGAUCCUGAUGAACUUUCGAGUGACGAAGAAUGGAUAAGUGAUCUAAAGGAUAAUAGUUCCUCAGAAGAUGAAAAUAAGGUGGAUAUUUCACAAGAUGGAAUACAGGAGUUCACCAUAAACCAAGAAUCACCAAUUUUGGAAGAAUCCGUCACUAAACUGAUCACCUGGAUUGAUGAUCCAUCUGUCCUGAAAAAAUUUUCUUUUACAGACAGAAGAAAACCUAUAUCUGUUAUCGAUAAAAACAGUCCUGUAGAAUACUUUAAUCUGUUUUUUACGGAAGAAUUUUAUAAACUAAUAAUUGACCAAACAAAUUUGAAUGCCAAUCGAGUGCUUCAGAAGACAACUGGAAGCAAGAAUGUGCGCAUACAGGCUUGGAAACCUUUAGAUAUAGAAGAAUUUAAAGUUUUCUUAGGUCUGUUAUUUCACAUGGGAAAUAUUCAGUUACCUAGCAUUGAACAUUAUUGGAAAACCAAUUAUUUGUACAAUUUAACCGUUUUUCGUGAUCAUAUGCCCAGAAAUAGAUUUCAACUACUGCUGCGGAUGUUACAUUUCGAUGAAAAUCCCAUAGACAAUGAACCACCGGCUAAAUUUAAUAAAAUUUGUCCAGCAGUGGAUUUAUUUAACAACACAAUGGAAGAGGUUUACUAUCCUGAAAGAAAUUUGUGUAUUGACUCGUUAGUUCUCUGGCGUGAUUGUUUAGUUUUCAAACAACACGUUUCAUGUAAACAGUACAAAGACGGGGUAAAAUUGUACUUGCUUCGCGAGCCCGAUGGAAUGAUUUUGAAAUUAUCAGUUUGUGCGGUAUCGAGAGAUCAUGAGAUUAGUGAUAAGUGGCAGGCCGCCCAAAUAGUACAUGAAUUAAUGGCUAAAAAACUGCAUCAGGGACAUGCGCUUUAUAUGGAUAAUUUUUACACUGAUAUUGAAUUAUCUUAUCAACUGUUGAGCAAUGGAAUUCACGUCACUGGAAUAUUGAAAAGAAAUGAGGGUGUGCCCAUUGAAAUUAUUGAAAAAAAAUUGAAGAAUGGUGAACUCAUGGCCACGUAUUCAGAAGACGGCAUAUCAAUUCAAAAAUGGAAGGAUAAAAGAGAAAUUCUUCUGCUCUCCACAGAGCACAAAGGAGAAAUUGUGGAGAUACAGGGAACACGUGGAAAGAAAAAGAUUCCCAAGUCAUUGCUUGCGUAUAAGCGAAACAUGGGAGGAAUCGACAUGGUCGAUCAAGCAUUUUUGUAUCAUCCCUGUGGAGGGAAGACUUUGCGUUGGAAUCAAAAAUUGGGAAUUUAUAUGUUUCAAUUACUGUUGCUAAAUAGCUUUUUCCUCUAUAAAAAAAAUGCAAAUUGUGCAAUCAGUUGGCUGCAGUAUCGAGAUACAAUAAUCGAUUAUUUGCUAAAACACAAAGGGAUAAUUCCAUCAACACCUACGCUGAAAACGCCAACGCCCACUUCGUUCCAUACUUUAAAUAGUAUCAAAAUAGAAAAUGAAUUGUUACUCCAUUCUCCUAAAAUUGUCAAGAAGGAAAACGAAUCCAGAGCAAAAAGAAGAAAAUGUGUGAAUUGUAAAAAAAACCAAAAAAGAAAAGAUACCGUUUACUCUUGUACCGAAUGCCCUAACAAACCAGCUCUUUGCUUGGAUUGUUUUGCAAUUUUUCAUACAUCGUAAUCGGUGUAUAUUUAAUUAUAAUUUAUAGCUUAUACAAUAAUAGGUAAA